AUGAGUGAUAUGAGUAACACACUGGAAGACAUACACACCUCUGACAGCCUCGGAGAGAAAGCAGAGAUUUUUGGGAGUGGGAAGGGUAAUGUGAGUGGCUUUUCCAGCCCAUCCCUCAUCCCUUUGCAUGCUCCUUUACAACCACCAAAUGCCCAGCUCUCCAGGACUGCUGUCUGCCAGGGGAAUAGGUAUGGUUCAUUUCUCCUUUGGAAUGGCUGGUGUGAAUGAGCAUGAUUUAUUGUCACAUUUUUCUGUCUAAAACACAAACCUCAUAAAUGUGUUAGUAAUAUAUAUCCCUGCAUUUCCUCCAAAAGCCUCAGCGUAUCUAUCUUAGUUUAUACUGUAAGUCACUACUUUAAAGUUAAUCUUUAACAUAUGUGAUUAGUAGCUCGUACAAUGUGCUCUCUUACAGAGGAAUAGUACACCCUUUGUAUUCACAGCAGCAGGGCACAGAGGUCCCAGUUGAACAUUUGCUGUAGACUUUGUACCGGUAAACGCACGACUGUCAGCGAGAGAAUGGUUUUACCCAAUUUUGAUAAUACACUGAAAGAACUGGACUCGUCUCAAACACCUGUUACUUUGCUGCUUGUAAUUAGUAACUUAGUAACUGUUGUGUGUUUACAUAGCAGUAAGGAAAUGUCAAUGUGAGCCACCUUUUACCAUUCAAGGCCUUCAAAUCAAAUGUAUUUGUCAAAUGCGCCGAAGACAACAGGUGUAGACUUUACCGUGAAAUGCCUUCACAUAUAAACUGUGUUAAAUCUCAAUUUCAUAUCUUCUCAUGAUACUAAUGGAAAAUGUGGUGAUGCUUUUGUCAGCCCGGUCAUUCCCACACGGACAAGGUUACUUUUUCUGCUAGAUUUUGAUAUGAACGAAUGAAAUGGACACGCUGGCUGCGUUUUGUGAAGUGAACAGCAUAACGGCCAUCAUGACCGCUCCCUCAUACAGACACUAUCAGAAACCCAUGUCAGAUAAACAUAAGGAUUAUAGGCCUACACUGUAUUUCAGUUGUGGAUUCACUAUGCAUGAACGGGGCGACCCAGCUCUACAGAGUGUAGCCUAUACAUAAUGUAUAGACGGGAGCCAAACUGUCUUGAAUAAUGUCAAGUUUAAUGGACUUUAUGGUAACUUAGAGAGAGCCAGGAUCCAAGGGCUCUUUCUAAGCUGCUCACUGGUGAGGUGGAGGGUGCAGUGUUAUCUAUCGCCUCAUCAAAGAUCUGUUUGUCGCUCGGCUGGGUGUGUCGUCUGACUGGCUGAGAGCGGGAGGGGGCAACACAGUCACAGACAUGGCCAGUGUCACUGUCGGUCAGCCAUGUCUGUGUCUGUCUGGAAGUAUCAACUGUUCAGUCAUACUGAUCCCCUCGAAUGUACAGAAGACACAUAUUAUUCACAACAAAGGCACAAACAAUAGCUAGGAGGUAUACAGUAGAAUCUGGCAAUACACACGCUUCAGUUUGGGUGUAGGUAGAGGCUAAGAAGAUCCCAUGACUCGCUGUAGGCUCCAGACAGACAGCCAUCCAGCCAUCUAAUAUAUAAUUGCAAUGACAUUACCAUGAAUGCCUCUCUCUCGUCAUUCCAGAUGGAAAGACUGACCGACAGACAGCAUAUUGUUUGUGUUAAGAGUCAAGCUCCUUGGUUGUCAGUAUAAUGUUUUAUAUACUUAUUCUUUCCCUCUCUCCAGGAAAAUUAAAGAGGGAGAGGAGUCUCUGCUGGCUGCCCCUGUUCCAAGCCUUUUCCCAGAACUCAUUCCCUCAACCGUCUCAUCACUUGUCUCCGAUUGUUUAUUACCCUGGACCAAAAGUGGCGCAACUCAG